GGGGUGCAUUGCGUGAAAGAGUUAACGACAAAUCUCAUUUCUUUUCUUUUUGUUUCAUCCUAGCUUUAUGCAUAAUAUAGAGGUCUAUUGUCACAGAGGAGAGUGGGGUUGUAUUUGCUGUGAAGUUGUAUCCUGCUGGUGCUACUACAAACUCCCAACAUGGUGUAACAGAUCUAUUUGGGAAGUGUUUACCUGUACUCGAAGAAAUGGUUCUGCAAAACAUGCCUUUACUUGUCCACGGAGAAGUUACAAGUCCUGAUGUUGAUGUAUUUGAUCGAGAAAAGGUGUUUAUCGACGAGGUUCUCAGUCCCUUAAUACGAAAGUUUCCACGAUUGAAGGUUGUUAUGGAGCAUAUUACUACUACAGAUGCUGUGAAGUUUGUCGAUUCUUGUGAUGAUGGUUUUGUUGCUGCAACUGUCACACCGCAGCAUAUUGCUCUUAACAGAAAUUCCCUUUUCCAAGGAGGGCUGCAACCUCACAGUUACUGCCUGCCUGUUCUUAAGAGGGAGACUCACAGUAGGCCUUUCAAACCUUCCAUUUACUCUGAGUCAUUUUUAACCUUUGCUUAUUUCUUUUGGUCAAGGGUGCAAAUGCAUAAUACUCUACUUUAAUAGUUCAAUUCCAAC